UUCCUUACUGGGCUCGUUCGGUGUCCAUAACAUGCCUUAGCUUACUCGUCAAACCCCACAGGAAGGGGAAACAGCCGUUAAUGGUAACGUUAGCUCGUCCAGCUCGCUGCUGUUAUUAGCUAGCUUUACAGUUAGCUGCUCGGUUGGCUAUCUGCUAGCUAAAGACGUUACCAGUGUGCUGCUGUGAUGUCGUUUAAUCCUCGCCUGAGACCGUAUUUAGUCGAAAUGUUGUCAGGUUAGCCAGCCAGAUAGCAAGCUAAUUAUAGCCCCUGUCUGUCAUCCUGUUGGCUGGCUUCUUUUCCAUGCUAACUCUCUGGCUGUCAGCUAACAUUAGCCGCCUUUAACAUAUUUGCUGAUGUUAUUAGAGUUACAUUAGUAUCCAUUAUUAAGUCUACCAGACAGGAUUGACCGUUAUAUAAUGGCUGCUUUUCUCGCUUUUGCUCGGCUCUAAAAGGUCAAACGUGUGUUCAUAUAACGCUCGCUCGUUUCUAGAAACACCGUAUUUCCUCAUUGGGUAUCUGAAACAACUGAGCCAUAUAGUUAACUAAAUGUAAUCUGCAUUGCAUUAUUGCACAUGUUGUACGUUUUAAAGCAAGUUUGAAUUAUUGUACUUCUACAACGACUGGACAGAUAAGGUCAUGCUGUUGCGUUACAUAUAACGACGUGAUGCAUGAUGUGAGUGUGAAAGCCUUUUUGACACCUGGAAGUGGCUGCUGAUAUGGUGGACCUGAGACUGACCCUAAGGAGCCCCCAGUCUCACUUUUUUAUGAGAGCCUGGGGAAAAUGUUGCCACAGAUUUUGGAUUUAGGAUAUCAUCUUCCAUGAGAUUCCAAUUCAAUUUCAAAGCGAUUCAAUCAAACAGCUGUAGGGAACAUGGAGAGAGAAGCAGCUGAGAAGGAGAUGGAUUGCCCUAUAGACACUGACGAGGAGAUACUUUACGGUGAUUUCACCUCAGUGACCGAGUCUCCUCAGUGGGAGGCCAGACGGACUGAUGACGAAUGUGAGCAGGAGGACAAAACAGCCUAUGUCAAAUCUCAGGACACCCCAAAUCCACAAGACUCUGGGAUUGGCGAAGCAGAGUAUUGUGGAUCUACAGAGGCCAAAGAAGAUUCUGAGGAGGCUUCAGAUGGGUCCGAGCAUGACGACACUGCAGAUCACGAGGACUCGCAUGUUAUAAAUCAAGAAGAGGAUGAAGCUGCGAAGGAGCAGCACAUGAACGGGGAGUCUGGUUGGCAGAACGUGGGUCCUGGACGGAGAUUCAGAUUGAGGAGCAGUGGAUCAGUUUCAGAGCAGAGCAGUCAAAGUGCUUUUUCCUCCAUUCAAAAAGGAAAUGUUAUUUCAAGUGGUGGUCGGCACAAGCAGACCCGCAGACGUAACCACCACCACCAUCAGAAUCGAGGCCGCAGGCGGACAGGCAACCAGCUCGUCUUAGCCUUCAAGGAGAUGCUAUCGGAGUCUCUGAGCUUCUGGUGCAUCUCCUGCGUCCACAUGAUGAUUGAGAUUAUUGUCACAUUAACUCACAAUUGUGGAGUCGGUGUGGAGACUGGAGGGAUGAAACUUUACAACUUUGGGCAGCAGAUCCUUGUAAAAAUCACAGACACAGCAGGAAUGAAGGCGGAUGCUAGUCGGAUUCUGAAAUGGACAAAAUGCACAGGAACAGACCUGGUAGAUAAAAUAGUUCGGUCAGUGAAGUGGGUAAAGACAGCUGCCUUAUCUUGUUUGAGACUUUUCUGUGCUUUGGUUAUUCUCGGUUACCAGUGGGCAAAAGGUCCGUUGGUUCGCCUUGGUGGAGAGAGGGGAAAACGCUAUUGGACAACAUUUCAGGAGUCAAGGUUUUGGAUGAGGUUGGUUUCCCUCAUGCAGAGAGUCCGAAGCAGGUUUAGGAGGCGUGGCCAUGUACCACCGUCCAGCCCCGACUCACCCGGCAGAGCAGGGAGAAGCCAGCCAGGCCAGGAGCUGGAGAGACUGCUGGCCUUGGCUGAGGUACCAGAGGAAGAGCUCGACCCCUUUACAGUGCUCGGGGUGGAGGUGCAUGCCACUGAGGCUGAGCUGAAGAAAGCCUACAGACAGCUGGCUGUCCAGGUCCAUCCGGACAAGAAUAAACACCCACGAGCUGGAGAGGCGUUCAAAGUACUCAGGGCUGCCUGGGAUAUUGUCAGUAACCCAGAGACACGACGAGAGUAUGAGUUGAAGCGUAUGGCAGCAACCGAGCUCUCAAAGUCCAUGAACGAGUUCCUCACUAAACUGCAGGAUGACCUGAAGGAAGCCAUGAACACCAUGAUGUGUACCAAGUGUGAAGGCAAACACAAGCGGUUCGAGAUGGAUCGUGAACCUGCUGAGGCCCGGUUCUGUGCUGAAUGCAACCGUUGCCAUAGUGCUGAGGAGGGGGACCUGUGGGCCGAGUCCAGCAUGUUGGGCCUACGUAUCACAUACUUUGCUUUUAUGGAUGGCAAGGUGUAUGAUAUUACAGAGUGGGCAGGCUGCCAAAGAAUAGGUAUUUCCCCUGACACGCACCGCGUGCCCUAUCACAUCUCUUUCGGUUCAAAGAACAACAGCAACUCCACACGACACAGGACGCCCUCAGAGAACGCCACAGCUCCGACCAACCCCGCAGAUUUGCAGGACUUCUUCAACCGCAUCUUCAAGGGAGGACCUCCCAACGACAUGGCUGCCAAUGGGGGCUUCUUCCCCUCAGGUCCACCCCCUCAUCACCCACCUGGUGCUGCAGCGCCCCCGUUCUCCCCUCCCCCGCCGAGCCAGACGGGUUUCUUCAUGCCGGGCGGUCAACGGCCAGAGUCCGGCGAGACGUGGGCUGAAAGUGGCAAACCCCCCAGAAGGAGGAAGAAGGUCCGCAAACCCUUCCAGAGGUGAAGUUGGUUGACCUCUCAGCGUAUCAACACAGGGACACAAUAAAUAAUGGCCAUGUUUGUCUCUCGCCUGCCUGUUGGCAUGCCAAGAUCUGAACUGGAGAUAAUUCAUGCGGUCAGAUCAGCCAGAGGAGAGAGAGACUGGAGCCUGUUGACUGAACAAGUAUUGAAGGAGGGUUGAAAAGGUAACGGUGAUGGUGCUUUACCUCUCAUCUCACUUUGUGUUGGUCUUUAAGGCGUCUGUAGCCUUGGCAUUGAAAUCCUUAUCGGGAUGCUGUAAUGAAGCGUUUUCCUUUUUCAUAAUUUCCUGCCAAAUCCUGCAAUGCAUGAUUUACUCACCUGCAUUUUAACACUUCGGUUUUCUCACUUUUAUUGUUAAAGUUUUGUAUGAGGUUACUUUAAGACGUUUGGUUCCAGACAGAGUGAGGGACACUUUAAGAGAGGGUUACUGUGAGUAAUGGAUCACUAUAAGUAACAUGAAUGAUAAUGAUCCGGUCAGCUUCACUGUCAGUGGUUGUUCUUGUUCAAUCUGCACCUCGCCCUCCACAUUUCAAGAAUUAAUGGAAACCAGUUAAACCCAAUACAUCGGAACUCAAUUUACAAAAAGACUUGCGCAGUAGCCACACUUGUAUCGACGAGGAGCUCUGGGAGCCGUUUGCUUUUACAAUAAAAUCCGAGGGUGUGGUGUGAAUCUCUGGUAGUGUGCCUACAGACACGCAGCAAGAUCUCAGUGACGGUCACAUGCAGUCAACCUCCAGCAUUGGGGAUCCACAGAGGCAACUAGCAUUUGUGUUAUGUUUCCUAGUUAUUUUUAUUACUAUGAACAAGAAAAUUGUCCCUCAAACUGACAUAAUGAAUAUUUAAAUAUUACCUGAAUCUUUCUAAAGUUGAGAAAUAACAGACUUGUGUUCUCUAGAAGUUCAGUGGUGAGAUAUUACAAAUCCUUUCAAAGGUGGUAUUACUAUAUGGAGAUUUGGCUAUUUGUACAUAAUUAGUUAUGCUAUAAUUGAUGCUGCUUGUGUGGCGAUUACCAGAGAAUCACAUGCUGCUUUUAUUAACUUUUUUUUUUUUUUAAAGUCUCAGAGAGUGAAGAUGUCAAAUCUUGACCCCCAAUAAGUAAAACUAAUUUAUACUGAUUCAAACAUGCUAAAUCUUCCUGCUGCUUAUUGUUUCAGCUCUAGGUUAAAAGUGACACCUUGACAUUUUGAAAUGUUGUUUUCUUCACUAGGGAUUUAUUGCUGUUUCGAAGACAACACAAUUGAUCUGCACUGCCCUCUGUUGAUUCACUGGGAAACCACACAAAAUGAAAACGGUCAGUUAAACUGAUUUACAGCCAUUUGAGUCUUAAAUGUAUCAGAAAUUGUGGUAAUUUACAAAAACUAAAGCAAGCCUGACCUGUAUUAAAACUUAGUGCUGUCAAACGUUCCUCAUCAGCAUUGUUUCUUUAAUGUCUUCUGUUAUGACUGUCACCCUGCUCAGGAUUAGUCUGUAAAAACAAAUCUAAACAUUCAAAAAUAACAGUGCUACACGUGUGUAAAGCUCACAUCAGAUUUGAUUCCAGGUUAUUCAGUUAAAAUGAUUGUUUCCCCCUUCAGCUCCUGAUAGUUUAAGAAAUAAUGACUCUUAAGGUUUUGCAGUCAUUUGCUAUAAACUGGUGUUUUUUAAAAAAAAACUAAUACUUAAAAAUGUCAAGGUCACAGGUUCACAUACUAUCUAAUCUAAAGCUUAACUGAUAUACUGUGUGUUACAACCUGAAGGGGUCAGAAAAUAAUAAUAAUAAUAAUAGGUUGUAUUUUGGGUUUUGUUUCUUGAUACGUUUCCUGCAUAGAAAUAAUUUAAGAGAACGGAGCGGUUAUUGUUUACACCUGAUAUGUGAAUAUUGUGAGAGUGUAGUGAAAUGGCAAUUAUGUGUGAUACGGCAUUUGAUAAAGGCAAUUUCUUUUUAUAUUGACGGUUGAUGGAAAGUACCAUGUUCAAUGUUUUUUGUUGUUGUGUUAAUUUGCACACCCACCUCUGUAAUAACAGGGAUUUUGAACAGUCAUCAGUGAUUUAGCCUAACCAGACUCCUGCAGCUGAGUAGGAGGUGUAGCUCGCUAAGCUAACAGCUCAUUUACAAAUUUAAGAUUAUUAUUUUUUUUUUUUUGGGGUAGAAUCUGAAUGUUAAAUGAAAAUCUUGAAUUUUAGUUGCACGACAGUCACACUCUGGAGAAACACGCGUAUCAGAACUGUUUUCUGGCGGUGUAACUCUUGAUGUGGGGUUUGUCUGGUAGCUUGAGAAGAUGAACCUUUUUGUUGCAAAUGUUUUUUGAGCUCAUGAAGCAUGUCAUUAAGUUCGCCAUGUUUCUUUUCAUGUGUCAAAUAGUUUCGUUCUUGUACGCAUUAGACCAGUUUCCCCAGACAUGGAUUGAAUUGUCAACUGAAACCAACUAAAAAUAAUCCUGAAUGUAUCUUUUAUUAUGGCGGGAAAAAGAAAGGUUAACGCUAAGACAGAAAACUAUGGAGGCCUUUAAAACUAGUCUAAUUGGGUUAGGGUUAAAUUCAGAUGUGUGAUGAUCAGAAAGAAAUCAAAUGAGUUUGAUAAAUACUUCAUUUAUUCCACAUGUUCUUUUAGACCACAUGCAAUGUUUCAUUUAGGCCUUGAUCUAAGUUCCUAGCCACAUUUUCAGAAAAACUCUUUAUAUCUUGAUAUAUCGUCAAAUCUUCUUCAGUCCCUGUCUGGGAAACUGGAUUCACAGCUGAAACCACGCUGAGCAGAGUGCAUCGUUUUCCACACCUUGACUUGAGAAUUCACAGUGCUGUAUGUUAAAGGUAGCAGGUUAAAGUCUAAGAGGUUAAUGAAAGAGCCAACACUUCAGAAUUUUUCUUUCUUUUCCAAGUUUAACAGAAUAUGCAGAAGUAUUGCAAAAAAUAUCUGACAAUCAUCAGGGUUUUUUGUAGGGAAUUGUGAGGCGAGUUCCCUGGCUGGCAAACAGUUUUAAAAUAUCACUGUUGGGUUUCUUUCCCCCGCUUUCUCUGGUUUUCAAAAUAAAGAGGAUUUCCUAUAU